ACGCGUCUGAGAGCAGCUGAUCACUGUGACAAGAUCUCUAACCUUCAGCUGCUCAUCACAUAUGCAGGAUGAGAGGAUACUCACUGGGAAUACUUGUACUUUUGAAAUACUGCAUUUGCGAUGAUGUGGAGAACUUUGAUGGAGACAUUAAGGACUUUGUAGUUGGUAACAGUAAGUUAUUUGUUCUUACUGACCAUCGACUACAUCAGAUGAGACACGAUCUGUAUGAGGAGAAGAGGAAAGACAUCACUGAUGCCCCUCACCAUAACAGAGUCAACAUCCUGGUGCCUUUUGAAGCCAACGGCACCCUGAUAACGUGUGGGACUUUUAAAGAUGGAUAUUGUGAAGUUCUUGAUAUAAAUGACAUAACAAACAGUAUUUACUAUGAAAGUAAUAUAUUGGUAGGACCACGACUGAAUGAAAAAUCUGUUGCCUUCAUAGCCGGUAGCUACCUUUUGGUUGGGAAAAAGGACGAUGAUGCAAAAGCUCAAGAUGCCAUGUAUUCUGUUGUUACCUUGCUGAGCACUUUACAGUCUCAACCAGGAGGGAUUUUCACAAGAACAGCAGAAGGAUCAGAUGCCAUCAUUCAGAGCACAGUGAGAGAUGUGGAGUUUGUUGACGGAUUCCAGAGAGUUUCACGCUCAGAAUCCUAUUUAUUUCUCAACGCAAAGACUGACUCCGAGAGGAAAGUGCUCGUCCUGUGGAUGAACAGCUCUAAAGUAAAAAAGAUAGACAUAAUCAGAUCCCUACAGGCUGCAACGAUACGAUGCUGCAGUGAUAAAGUUCGUCCAGUGCUCGUCGCCUCCACCGUUAUUCCCUCAGUGAACGGUGUUAUUUGGGCAGGUGUGUUCAGUGCGCAGAAUCAGCAGGAUCCGGAGAACAGCGCGCUGGCUCUGUACGACAUCAGUAAUGUUCAAGGCCGAGUGAAGGGCUUCUGCGCUAUUGGUGAAAAGCCUUGUGGAUCUGAGAGUGGAAGUGAACUUCAGCCGCUCUCUGUGGUGUUUAAGUACAGCUCAAUGUCAGCAGCUGCAGCAAUGAGGAUUGAAUCCUGGAUUGUGCUGUUCAUAGGAACCAGUGAUGGACAACUCAUAAAGAUAGUGUUGGAUGAUAAAUUCACUCCAGGCUGUCCAACAGUGCUGUACAAAUCUGAUGAUGAACGAGCAGUGCUUCCCAGAAUGCACUUUGAUCCAGUAGAUUUCAAACAUAUCUACAUUGCUCUGAAGAAACAGUUAAGAAGAGUGUCCAUUGUUCAGUGUGGUAAUUACAAAACUGUGAAAGACUGCAGAGCUGCUCUGGAUCCUCUCUGCGGCUGGUGUUUGAACACACACAGAUGUUCUACUCAAGAUGAAUGUUCAGAUACUUCAUGGGUUUCCAUCCCAAAAAACUCUCUUCAGACGCAGCUGUUUUCUUUUCAGAUGACAGAGAAUUCUUCUAGAAAGAUUACUCUACAUCUCGCCUUGAGUCUGGAGAGCACAGGAAAUCCUGCUUUCUCAUGUGCCUUCACUAAAGAAAGUGUAAACCUGUGUGACGGGUCUGAUCCUCCUGCAGUUUUCCCAAACUGCUCCUGUAGUUUUUCUGACCAGAUGCUCUAUACUGGAGGUUUAAAAGUCUCUGCUACAGUUGCUAUUCAGGAGGAUCAGAAGGUCACAGAGAUGCUGACGCUGAGAAAUUGCUCCAGUAUCACAGAUAAUUCACCAAAAGCUUCUUAUACACAGUGUGUUCAGUGUAUCUCAUCUGGGUGUCACUGGUCCUCUUCUUCCAAGCGUUGUGAUUGGACACCUGGACCUGGACCACAGUUAAACAUACAGGAUGCAUGUAAACAUCUUCUCUCUGAGAUGGUCUACGAUGAGCCAGAGUUUCUCUCUCUGGAGCCCAACAAGGUUUCUUUCCAUGGCAGAAACAAUGUUUUACUAAGAGGAAGGAACCUGGAAUCUGUCACUAAAAUCCGUAUUCAAGGGGAUCUGGAGUGCAUUCCUAAAGAAUCUCCAGUGUUUGAUCGCUUCAGUGACACUUUAAGGUUCCACAUUCCUCCGAGUGGAACUAAAGGAACAGUGAAAGUGUGUGUUGUUACUCCUGACGACCGUUGUCAUGGUAACAGCAUCGUCACUUACCGUUCUCAGCCCAGCUGCACUGGAAUACAGCCCACAGUCACCUGGAGCAGUGGUGGAAGGAAGAUUCAUGUUCAGGGCAGCAAUCUGGAAUUAGUGGAGUCAGUUACUGUCCUUCCCUCUAAUAAAGUGCUGAAAACACAAUACAGCACAAGCUCAGGGGACAUGUGGUUUCACUCACCCCCCUAUGAUGGUGGUGGUCAGUUUAGCUUGUUGCUGAAUGUUGAGAACUCCACUGUGGACUGUGGGUAUUAUUUGUCCUACCAGCCUGAUCCAAAGUUCAUCCGAUUUACUACCUUUCCAGUGGCCAACGAUCUACAGGUGAACAUUCAGAAAAAGACAGAUAUGCUGAAUUUGAAUAUGAGUGAGGUGACAGUGACGGGUGUACAUGGAGAUCAGCUGUAUCAGUGUGUUUUGCAGAUUAUUGAGUCUAAUGCAAUCAUCUGUAAGAUUAAAGGAGAAUCAGGAACUGUCACUGCAGUGGACUCACUCACUAGUGGAAGUGAACUUCAGCCGCUCUCUGUGGUGUUUAAGUACAGCUCAAUGUCAGCAGUGACAGCAAUGAGGAUUGAAUCCUGGAUUGUGCUGUUCAUUGGAACCAGUGAUGGACAACUCAUAAAGGUUAAAGAAAUUGAAUUACAGUUAGUGUUGGAUGAUAAAUUCACACCAGGCUGUCCAACAGUGCUGUACAAAUCUGAUGAUGAACGAGCAGUGCUUCCCAGAAUGCACUUUGAUCCAGUAGAUUUCAAACAUAUCUACAUCGCUCUGAGGAAACAGUUAAGAAGAGUGUCUGUGGUUUCAUGUGCUAAAUACAGCACUCUGAAAGACUGCAGAGCUGCUCUGGAUCCUCUCUGCGGCUGGUGUUUGAACACACACAGAUGUUCUACUCAAGAUGAAUGUUCAGAUACUUCAUGGGUUUCCAUCCCAAAAAACUCUCUUCAGACGCAGCUGUUUUCUUUUCAGAUGACAGAGAAUUCUUCUAGAAAGAUUACUCUACAUCUGUCCUUGAGUCUGGAGAGCACAGGAAAUCCUGCUUUCUCAUGUGUCUUCACUAAAGAAUGUGUAAACCUGUGUGACGGGUCUGAUCCUCCUGCAGUUUUCCCAAACUGCUCCUGUACUUUUCUGACCAGCUACUAUAUAUUGGAGGUGUGUUCAGUGUGUCUCAUCUGGGUGUCACUGGUCAUCUUCCUGUCAGCGUUGUGAAUGGACACAUGGAAGUGGGCCGCAGUUACACAUACAGGAUGCAUGUAAAGAUCUACACUCUGAGAUGAAGCCAGAGAUUCUCUCUUUGGAGCCCAACAAGUUUUUUUUACAUGGCAGAAACAAUGUUUUACUAAGAGGAAGGAGCCUGGAAUCUGUUACUAAAAUUCGUAUUCAAGGGGAUCUGGACUGCAUUCCUAAAGAAUCUCCAGUGUUUGAUCGCUCCAGUGACACUUUAAGGUUCCACAUUCCUCCGAGUGGAACUAAAGGAACAGUGAAAGUGUGUGUUGUUACUCCUGACAACCGUUGUCAUGGUAACAACAUCAUCACUUACAGUUCCCAGCCCAGCUGCACUGGAAUACAGCCCACAGUCACCUGGAGCAGGUCAGACCAUUACAGACCACUGUCUGAUCAGCUGCCACAUCCUAUCCGCACCUCAAGAUAACAACUGCACAUUUUAAUUAUUAAAUGUAAUGCCAUAAAGUUAAUUUUAGUCAUGAAAUUUCCAAAAAUGUUGUUUAUAUGGAAAAAUACGAUUUGCAAAGUAAUGAUCAAAAUAAUAGAAGGCGGAGAAGGCGAGAAGUCACCAGAAGAGACAGACGGCAGUGCGUAAGUGUUUUAAUACUCAUUCUUAGCUCUGUUGUUUAAAUUAAUUCCUUGUUGCUAGGAAAGAAUAGUUCGUUUCCUACCUAUUUCUAUUCUGCUUUUUCGUUGUGGUUUAUAUUUUUGAUUGCACUUAUUGAUCAUUAUAAUAACUGCCCUUUAGCUUAAACUCCUUUCCUGCACUUAAGUGCGAAGUGUUAGUUUCGAUUUGAGCCAUUGCCCUGCGAUUGGCUGGUGGUUGUGCUAAUUAAAAGCGACCACAGCUUUUUUUCACUCUAGACUGUGUAUUUGUUUGAGGUGUGUGCGCUGACGCGGAAGCGUCUGCGGAAGCGUUCAGCCGUCGUGUUCAGCCUCCUCGUGUGGAGACCGAGGAGUGUAAAGACCUGCGACUUUUUCCUGUGCGACUUGAACCGAGCAACGACACCGAGCUACACACUUAAGUAUCUUUUUCCUUCCUCACUCUGCUCUCCUAUCCUCUUUCCUUCUACCUCUAUCAUGUGUCUCCAAAACAUUCCGGUUCUCUCUCAGCCACGCUCUAACAUCACUCGCAGACGGCAACGUAAUACUGCUAACCUACGCCCUAUCUCUACAUCUUCCACUACACCUCUGGCUUUCUCUGUGGGUCUCUGGAAUUGUCAGUCAGCCGUCAACAAAGCUGACUUCAUUUCUGCCUUUUCUUUAAAAUCCACUCUCAGCAUCUUGGGCUUGACUGAGA